CGCGGGCUCCCUCCAGCAGCAGCAAGCCCAACAAGCCGCUUCGAAGGGGAGGCGAUUGAGCAGCGGCGGCCGCGGCAGAAGCGCCAAGGGAGCCAGCCUAGACGGACGGGCGCGCUGCGGACGGACAGGGCUCGUCCUCCCCCCUCCACCCCUACCCCCUGCCAAGCCUCCGGGCGGGGUCCUGCGGGGGUGUUCCCCCUCGGCUGCCUUCGCCGACCUUCACCCUCCGACACCCCCCUUCCCCGCGUCCACUGAACACAUGAGGUUUUUCAGGUUGACCUUCAAGUGCUUCGUGGAUUGUUUCUGAGUCGCUGCCAACCCCCCCCAACCAACCCCACAGCCGAGCCCCUGCGAGCCCCUCCCGCGCCACAGACACCCCCCCCCACGCCGCCGCCUCCCGCUCGCCCUUCCGAGGGGGCUUCUCCCCGCACCCACAGCGCCCCUCUGCCCACCCGCCUUCGAGCAUCGCCCCGAUCCGCCUGGAGGGGGGCGGCCGGGAGUCGGGGGUCCCCCCCGGCGGCAUGGCCAAGGGGGCUUCGUCGGAGAGCAGCGGCUGCGGCGGCAUUUACAGCGUCUCCGUGGAACAGCCAGAGAAAAAGACGGGGCACCCCGCCGCCAUGUGCCAGGGAGCCCCCGCCGCGGGCAAAGGGGAGGACACGGAGCCCCCCGGGCCGGCCCGGGCCUUGCCGGCCCGCGAGAGGGAGACCUGGACCCGGCAGAUGGAUUUUAUCAUGUCCUGCGUGGGCUUCGCCGUGGGUCUUGGCAACGUGUGGCGCUUCCCCUACCUGUGCUACAAGAACGGGGGAGGUGUGUUCCUCAUCCCUUACAUUCUUAUUGCCCUCAUUGGCGGAAUUCCCAUCUUCUUCCUGGAAAUUUCCUUGGGGCAGUUCAUGAAGGCCGGGAGCAUCAAUGUAUGGAACAUCGCACCACUUUUCAAAGGGCUGGGGUUUGCCUCUAUGGUGAUUGUCUUCUACUGCAACACCUACUACAUCAUGGUACUGGCCUGGGGUUUCUACUACCUGGUGAAGUCCUUCACGGCCACCCUGCCCUGGGCAACCUGCGGGAAUCCCUGGAACUCCCUGGAGUGCAUGGAGAUCUUCAGGCAUGGCGACUGCGCCAACGGCACCGCCAGCAGCAACCUUACCUGUGACGAACUUUCCGACAAGAGAUCGCCCGUCAUUGAGUUCUGGGAGAACAAGGUGCUGCGUCUGUCGGGAGGCCUAGAGCUCCCUGGGGCUAUCAACUGGGAGGUGACCCUCUGCCUUCUAGCCUGCUGGGUCCUUGUCUACUUCUGUGUCUGGAAAGGCGUCAAGUCCACAGGAAAGAUUGUCUACUUCACUGCUACAUUCCCUUACGUGGUGCUCAUCAUACUGCUAAUCCGAGGGGUGAUGCUGCCUGGAGCUCAGGAUGGGAUAAUCUACUAUCUCAAACCCGACUGGUCCAAACUGGCCUCCCCUCAGGUGUGGAUUGAUGCUGGGACCCAAAUCUUUUUCUCAUAUGCCAUAGGAUUGGGGGCACUCACUGCCCUGGGCAGCUAUAACCGGUUCAACAACAAUUGCUAUAAAGACGCCAUCAUCCUGGCGCUGAUCAAUAGUGGGACCAGCUUCUUCUCUGGCUUUGUGGUCUUCUCCAUCCUGGGCUUCAUGGCAGCGGAACAGGGCGUUGACAUCGCCAAAGUGGCCGAGUCUGGACCUGGACUGGCAUUUAUUGCGUACCCGCGAGCUGUCACCCUCAUGCCAGUGGCUCCACUUUGGGCUGCCCUCUUUUUCUUCAUGCUGCUGCUUCUGGGCUUAGAUAGCCAGUUUGUGGGCGUUGAAGGCUUUAUCACCGGCAUCCUGGAUUUCUUCCCGACUGCCUACGCCUUCCGAUUCCAGAGAGAGGUCAUCGUGGCCGUCUCCUGUGUGGUCUGCUUCUUCAUUGAGCUGUCCAUGGUGACUGAGGGGGGCAUGUAUGUCUUCCAGCUGUUCGACUACUACUCAGCAAGUGGCACCACACUGCUAUGGCAGGCCUUCUGGGAGUGCGUGGUGAUUGCCUGGGUCUACGGAGCUGACCGUUUCAUGGAUGACAUCGCUUGCAUGAUUGGCUACCGGCCCUGCCCCUGGAUGAAGUGGUGUUGGAUGUUCCUGACCCCGCUUGUCUGCCUGGGCAUCUUUCUUUUCAACGUUGCCUACUACAAGCCAUUGAUCUACAACAACAGCUACAUCUACCCCUGGUGGGGAGAAGCCAUCGGCUGGGGCUUUGCACUGUCCUCCAUGCUGUGUGUCCCUCUUACCGCCCUUUACAAACUCAUCCGUGCCAAGGGAACACUGGCUGAGCGCUGGCAUCACCUCACCCAGCCAAUCUGGGGGCUACACCAUCUGGAAUACAAGGUGCCCGAAUCGGAGAUGGGCGCUCUGACCACCUUGACCCCUGUCUCAGAUGGCGGCUCCAAAGUGGUCAUCUUAGAGAGUGUCAUGUGACCAAUGCUCACCCACCAUACACAAGCGACAAGAGGCGCCAUUUCUCUGUGCCACUCAACUCCUGGCUGCCAAUAUGGGGAGGGGUACACUUCACUUGCCAUGUGUUGAGUUGGGGGGCAGUGCUCCCUGCAUGUUGGGAAAAGGUAUUGCUGGUUCUUUAUCUACUUCCCACCUUCUCCCCUCAGGUGUCAGAAUGAAGCCUGGCUGAGGGAAGGGAUAACCAGCCCCUCUGAGUGGAGGGUGGGAAUUCUAAAGGCCA